AAUCAUACGACCACAAGAUUCUAAGCAAAAUAUCUGUACUCCACUGUUUCAAGCAAAUCCGCUCGAACUGCAACCCACAGGUCUACCUUUGCCCCGGAUCCAUCCAAGGGGAGUGGUUUCUGAAAGGCGGUUUUAGAGGACCGCUGUUUCCCUCCUAAAGCGUUUUAUUUACCUUCAAAUAUAGUGUCAUCCAUCAAUAAUACACACAGAAAUGUCUAAACCCCCCACCCCCGAAUUUUGGUUCCCUUGAAGCCUAGUUUCAUGGCAACUCAUCACCUGCCUGUGGUGUUUGCUCGUCGGCGUUUCACAGCAAGGUGCUGACGGCUUGGCGCUAGAGCGCUCCAGGCUAGAAUGUUUGGUUUGGCUACUCAAUUCUCUUUGCAAACAGCAACUGGAGAAAGUGGAUGGCAGUCCCGUGGCCCAUGCAAAGUUGUUGCACGAGCAGUCGUCAAGGCAGGCUUACAAUCAGUUUCAGUCGGGCACUGAUUUGUGGCAGACGUUAAACCGCUGUCAUCGAGUUAGCCGUGUUCAUCACAAAAGUUGCCCGACUGAGUGAAAGAAAGUUUGUGUAUUCUGCAGGGCGACAGCAGCUUACCCGUGUUAUAGUCACGUUUCCACGGCUAAACAAAUCGCAGUCCUUUCCAGGCGACCUGCGAAUAGUGGCUUUAAGUUCUGGCAGCCCGACCUUGACAUACCGGUCCUCACAAUGUGCAUGAAGUUUAUGGUGUCUGCUUUUCUAGAGGGGCGUUGCAGUAAAGGACAGCCCAACACGAUAAACAAUAAUUAGGGGCUGUGCAUCUUGCUGAAACAGAGCCACGCUUAAGAACGAAAGUUGGAGGUUCGUGACUUCAGCAGUGGAAUUUGACCAGACUGAGCGCACGGAACGUCGUACAAACACGGUGAAUUCACUGAGUUUGUACAGCGUACGGACGAUGAGUUCGUUGUUCAGAAAGCGGCAGGUCACACCUGGCGCGGCGGGGUCAUCCAGCCAAACGAACGGUAGAUCGAUGCCAGAGAAACCAGUCACGCUAUACCUGAUCCGGCUGUCACCUCCUUGUAGGAUAGUCUGGCUGUAUCUUGCCCAGAAUAAGAUCCCCUAUACGUUAGUGGACGUGGACCCAGGAGCUGAGGUAGACUCGGCAGGCAGACGGCCGGGUUUACCGAGCGAUGUCCCUCAUCAGGACGUCCCAAUGCUAGUGGACAGGGAGAUUGUGGUCUUCGAGGGACCGGCGAUUUUGAGGUACCUGUCGACUCGCUACACCGACCACGCGGGCUACGGUCAGACGAUUGCACAGCAAAUGCUAGUCGAGUCGGUCAUCAACUGGGCACACGCCGACCUACACAGAAUAGUGGGGUACCGCUGCACCUACCCACAGGUCUUCGAGGAGUUUCAGUUGGAAGGUGAGGCUGCCAAUGAGGUCCUGAUCGAGACCGGUAUAAAGCGCUUGAGCCACUACCUCGAGCGGCUGGAGAAGCGCUACCUCGCCCCCGGCACCGGCAAGUACCUGUGCGGUGAUGCGCUGACGCUGGCGGACUCGACCGUGGCUACCGUGCUCCUGCAAGCUGAGUGGAUGGGGUUCUCCCUACGGCUGUGGCCGCGGGUGGCCGAGUGGUUGCAGGCGGUCUGCCGGCAGGACUACUGGGAAGAGGUGCACGGGGCCCACGAGGCGUUCGUCAGUCAACUACGGGCGGGGAUAUUGUACCCCGCCUCGGAGAUGGCUGGCAAGAAUUUGGCCAAGACGUAGAACAAUGCAGGCCUUACUUUCUAUAAUACUCCGUCCGGGUAGAAACCAGUGGUUGCUAGCCUGCAGGUUCAACGCAGGAGUUUUCUCCGCGGCUCAUGAAUACAGUCAAUAUAACAGACAGGUUCGGCCCCUGACUUUGGUUGGCAAUUUCCGCUCAUCCGAAAUCACCACUCGUAAGGAGUACGUUGUUAUUUAUUGCCACAGGGAAGCACUUUGGCAAAUGAUUAAAUUAUAUUUAAAACAAAAAAGUGUGUAAACAAGCAGACGCCUUAGUUACGCGAAGGCAGCCUUUAAGUGAGAUCUUCCGCCCGAAAAUUAUAUAUGAUAUCUCUCUGUUUGUUGUGUGCUCGUUUUUAGCUGGAUUUACUCCAAAACUGUCCCAUUAAUUUCACUCCAAACUCUGCUGACAGUACCUAUAAAGUUGAAGUUAGCCUUACCAUGUACAUAAUUACUUCUUUUUGAUAAAAGUUCAAAAUUGCAGGGGUAUUGAAUUCGAGAUUGUGAUGGUCAUUUGAAUUUAAUGAGGCCUAUUUAAUACGGUCCAAAAUGAAGUUUAUCCGGUGACGGAUCCAACUCCGUAUUUACCAGUAUUUUCAAGAUUACACAUAACUAAACCACAAGUGUAUGUACAGUGUAUACGUUUAAAAGAUAAUCGAAUAUUCCU